AUGAUGGUAAUGAUAUCUCCUAUGAUGGAUGUUAUUAAUGCUAACAAUUGUUAAAUUUGUGAAAAAGGAAAAUGUAAGUAAUUUUAGCUUUUAGAUUGUGAUGAUUGUUAAAAUGAAAUAUGUCAAUUGUAUAAAGAAUAAAUAAUUUAAGAAGAAAGUGAAUGUGGAGAUGGGUUAAAGUAAGAAUAAGAAGAGUGCGAUGAUGGAAAUAAUUUAAAUAAUGAUGGAUGUUCUGAUCAUUGUUUUAUUGAAAAUGGAUGGAAUUGCACUCAAUUUUCUUACAAAUUAAAUUAAUGUUAUAAAAUAACCUUAAUGUAAUUAACAUACUUAUUCCAACACUACGAAGUUUAAUAAAUAAAGUUGUCUUAUACUAAUGAAGUCAAGCUUGAUGAAACAAAAAUUAUUUUCAUUGAUAACUCAUCAUUUUUUAUUUCUUAAUUGAAAAAUGAAUAGUACAACAUCAAAGUCACACCCAGAUCUAAUUUAACACAAAUAACAGUUUAAUAAACUCGAAAGGUUGAUUACAUAAUUGACAUCAUAUUUCAUGAAAAUUUAGACUCAAAACCUAUUUUGACUGUUAAUAUAUCUGCUUUAUUAUGGGACAUAAAUUCUAUGCCUAUCUAUCCAAACACUUAACAAUUUGAGCUCUUAACUCCAUAAAUCAUUAGUUCUACUUAACUAGAGAGAUCAAUUACAAUUAAAUAUGUAGGAUUAAGCUUAUAAAUAGGAUUGAGUGGCUAUGGAGCAAUAUUAUUGAUGACUGGCUAAAUCAUGCAAUUUUUAGACAUCUUAGACAUUUUACAAUAUUAAUCUUAUCUAAAAUAUGUAAAUGUCAAUUAUCCAGAAAAUUUAUAAAUCUAUUUUGAUUCUUCUAAUUUUUUAACACUGUCUCCAAUUUUAAAUUACUUUAAAAUAGUAUAAUUAUUUAAUUCUAUUCUUGGUGAAAAUGUUUUAAUGAGUAUCGGGAAGUUUAAUUAAUAUGAAAUUAAUGCAGAUUUUUUAACAAAUAUACAAGCAUAAAUAUUAUAAUUAGCCUCAUUAAUAAUACUAUUUUUGCUGUCACUCUGUUAUUAAAGAUUAGUAAGAAAAAUAUAAUCUUUUUAAUUCAAAAUGCUUCAGUGAAUAAAACUCAAAUUUAUUAAAAUAUCUAUAAUUAAAACUUUAUCUUUUACAGAAAAGUAUCGUUUUUUCAACCAAAGUCAUGAGUAAAGAAAAAUUAUUAUAAAUGUUUCAUGUAAAUAGCUAGGAUUUAAUUUUUAAAGUACUUUUGUUUUUAUUUUCAAAUACAACUAAUAGCACUAGAUAAUAAAUAUCUAAUUAUAUUUGUAUAAUAUUUUUGACGUCUACUUUCUUUAUUAUGAUUCGCCCAAUCAGAAAUUUAUAUAAUAAAAUUAAUAGAUAAAUAAAUAUAGAAUAAUAAUAUGAGAGCAUAAUUUUGAUGAGAAAGCUGCUGUUUUUUUUAUUUUUAAUAGGAACACAAAAUCAUCCAUUACUUGAAUGCCUUAUGCUUUCAUUUUCUUUUGCUCUUAAUCUAAUUUUAAUAACUUAUUGCAAAUUAAUAAAAUAAAAAGUUGAUUUAGUGUUUGUAUUUUGGGUCGAAAUUCCAGUAAUUGCAUUUAUUUAGAUUAAUAACUUAUAUUGUUAAGAUUUUUCAAAUCAUAUUCCAUACAGUUCUAAAAUCAAUUUAGGAUUCUUUUAAAUAGGGCUAUUAAUUUUUGGUAUUCUAGGUCCACUUGUUAAAUCUAUGAUAUAGCUUUAUGAUCGAAUAAAGAAAACCUUAUAAAAAAGGGAAAAAUAGUAGAAGAAUAUUUAGACAAUUAAGAUAUUUGCAGAAAUUAAAAUUUGA